GAUUUUGUUUACCACGUCCCGCCCGCUAAGCAUCUUGGGAAGAAGAAGGUGCUGAAGACCAACAACCAUUUUUCAUGUGAAAUGUGCAAGUACUUGAAUUGUUUGCAAAACCUAUUUAGCAAACAGAUUAUCAUCGGGAAUCUCCGACAUAUUUUUUAAAUUUCGUGACAACCAUUGAAAUGGGAGCUGAUAAGCGGGUGAGUCGCACAGAGCGUAGCGGCAGAUACGGCGGCAACAAUCAGGGCCGGGGUGAGAGGCGAGAGCGAGGAGACCAAGAACGAGAGCACGUCACGCGACGCUGGGGUGAAGAGAGACGCAUCGAACGCUACGAUGGAGGGGAACACCGGGGGAACAGAGCCAGUCCAGAGCAGAGAGACAGGAAGCGGCGGAACAACGAUGGAGCUGAAGAAGGCUACCACUCUGAUGGAGACUACCCGGAGCAGGACUACAGGGGGGAGCCAGGGGAGGAGAAGGAGAGUAAAACCAUCAUGCUCCGGGGCCUGUCUCUUCACGUCACAGAGGGAGACAUCCGAGCUGCCCUGGACCAGCUGGAGGGACCCCAGCCAAUAGAUGUCCGGUUGAUGAAGAAGAGGACAGGUAUAAGCAGAGGUUUCGCCUUCGUGGAGUUUUAUCACUUGCAAGAUGCUACCCGAUGGAUGGAGACCAAUCAGAAACUCCUGGUUGUCCAAGGCAAGAGUGUGGCCAUGCACUACAGCAACCCCCGGCACAAGUUUGAAGACUGGCUCUGCAACACUUGCGGCCUGUACAAUUUCCGGAGGAGGCUGAAGUGCUUCAGGUGCGGAGCAUCCAAAGCUGAGUGUGAAACCAACACCACUGGAGUCCGAGAGACCCAGCAGAGCGGAGACUACUACGGCGACACGAUCAUACUUAGGAACAUCGCCCCCCUUACCACUGUGGAGGCCAUAAUGACUGCCCUGGCCCCCUACGCCAACCUGUCAACCAGCAACAUCCGUCUCAUCAAGGACAAACAGACGGGCCAGAACAGAGGCUUCACCUUCGUACAGCUUUCCUCCCCUCUGGAGGCUUCUCAGCUCCUAACUAUCUUACAAGGAUUGCAGCCCCCUCUCAAGCUGGAUGGGAAGACCAUCGGUGUGGACUAUGCCAAGAGUGCCAGGAAGGAUCUCUUGCUCCCAGACUGUAACCGGAUCAGUGCCUUCUCUGUGGCCAGCACAGCCAUCGCUGCUGCCCAGUGGUCCUCCAGCCAGCCACAGCAGGGUGCUGAAGGACAGCUGUCGGAGUACAGCUACCUAGAGGAGGGAUACGUUCCCUACACACAGGACUACCAGGCCUACUACCAGCAGGCAGCAGGAGACCUCUCCCAGGGGAACGGAAUACUGGGAGCGGCCCCAGCUGCUACAGGAGUGGUGAUCUCACAGGUUGCACAGGUCUACCAACCCCACCUAAUCAGUCACACUGCUACACAGGCACUGCAAUUGGCCCAGCAACUGGAAGCAAAACAGACCGGAGUUCACUCUGCAGCUGCAACCAUUACAGCGCCGGUUUCCACAGCAACAGCGACACUCUCUGGACUGGCCACAGACACUGCUGUUCCCGACACCUCCACCUACCAGUAUGACGAGUCCUCGGGCUACUACUUCGACCCUGAAACUGGCCUCUACUACGACCCAAAUACCCAUUACUACUAUAAUUCCCAAACACAGCAGUACCUGUACUGGGACAGCGAGAAGCAGACGUACGUCCCUGCCUCAGCCGCCGACCAAACUGAGCAGACGGCAAACGCAGCAGCAGCUAGCAAAGAGGCUAAGGAAUCCAAGGAGAGGAAACAAGAGAAGCCCAAGAGCAAGACGGCUCAACAGAUUGCUAAGGACAUGGAGCGCUGGGCGAAGAGUCUGAACAAGCAGAAGGAGAACUUCAAAAGCAGCUUCCAGCCCGUCAGCCAGGAGGAGAGGAAAGAGGCCGCGGCCGCCGACGCAGGCUUCACACUCUUCGAGAAGAAGCAGGCUGGAAGCUUGGAAAUGCUCAUGUCAGAAGCAGUGCAGCGCCCAGAGGAGCAGGCCCCAACCAACUCAGCCAAGGUUGGUCUGGUGGCAGCCUACAGUGGGGACAGUGACCCAGAGGAGGGGGGUGCAGCAGAGCCGGAGCGCGAUGGUGGUGAGCAGGGCCAGGAUCAGCUGACAGACUGGAAGAAGAUGGCCUGUCUGCUGUGUAGGAGACAGUUCCCCAAUAAGGACGGCCUGGUGCGCCACCAGCAGCUCUCUGACCUUCACAAGCAAAACCUGGAGGUCCACCGCAGAUCUAAGCUGAGUGAGGCUGAGCUGGAAGAGCUGGAGAGGAAAGAGACCGAGAUGAAGUACAGAGACCGGGCUGCGGAGAGGAGAGAGAAAUACGGCAUCCCUGAACCCCCAGCACCCAAAAAGAAGAAAUUCACAGCACAGCCAGCACCAGUCGUUAACUAUGAGCAACCCACCAAAGACGGUCUGAACAGUGACAACAUUGGGAACAAGAUGCUGCAGGCCAUGGGAUGGCAGGAAGGCAGAGGUCUGGGCCGCAACCAGCAGGGCAUCACUGCACCUAUUGAGGCCCAGCUGAGGGCGAAGGGAGCUGGUCUGGGAACCAAAGGCAGCAGCUACGGCCUGUCUGCCUCAGACACUUACAAAGACGCUGUCCGCAAAGCCAUGUUUGCCCGCUUCACUGAAAUGGAGUGAUUUGCCAAAUAUACCUGCCUCCCAAGAACAACCAUAUCCUACUGACCUGGUGCUAUGUUCCCUGGGUUUCUGUGUGGGGGAAAUCACCGUCCCCGGGCAUCUUAACAUCUCUCCCUACAUUCAUCCAUAAACGGACGCCUUGAGAUAAAGGGAUUGUAAUGGCAGCAUGGGGAAGUUGCAGCGAUGACAUGCUUUAUUAAGGGGGAUUGGAGGGAGGGCCUUCCUUUGCUAAAAGAUUUGCAUUUCUUUGGAUGAAUUUCUGAGUGCAGUCACGUUGUCAUCCGUCUGCUAGAGAAUAGGAAAACGGAGAAAGGACUUGUCUAUUGGAGAAAUGUGAAACUAUGAAUUAUGUAGGUUAUGAUUUGUAUAUAUUUUAUUGUGUAAGAAUUUGAAGAUGGGCACAUUCCUUCCCCACCCCACCCCCUUUUUGCUGUGGCAAUAGUACUUUGUCGGCAUGUUAUAAAUGUACAGUUUGUAUGGUAUGCGUUCUCAUUUUGUACAGAAAAUAUUAAAUGAGAUUGAUCAACCAA